GUAUACGUCACUCGGAAGGGAGGAGCGAGAUUAUGCUGCGGCGCAGGCGGCAGAGUCGUUUAUACGGUGGAACAUGUUUUCAAGGAAAUAAACGGAGUGGAACCCAUUUUGGAUUCAGACAUGGACUGAUCAUAUGUCUGCGUUCACUUUUGCCUGAGAAGUAAGCUGCCCCAAGACUGCCCUGAGGAGUGUGUGCUUGGAGGAGGUGUGUGCUUCUUCACCACUACUUCUCCAGCUUGAACACACACACCUUGGCACGAUGUCUGUAAAAGAUCGACAGCGUCCAUGGUCUGUGUACAGAGCUUCCACGAUGGACAUCUCCUCUGAGAUGCUUGGCCUGGCGCUGGCAGGAAACAGUCAGGACGCAGAUGAGCCCGUGUUGGAGUUCAGCCUCGCCUGCAGUGAGCUGACUACACCGUGUUUGGACCGUAAACCCAACAGCUUUGUGACUGUGAGCUGUACAACUCCACCUCAAGCCUUCUGGACCAAGCAUGCACAGACGGAGAUUAUCGAGGGCACAAUGAAUCCCAGCUUCUUAAGCAGUGUGGCCUUCUUCCAGGAGUCCUUCAUCAAUCAGCAGACUCAGAUCAAACUUUCUGUGUAUGAUGUGAAGGACCGCUCACAGGGCACGAUGUAUUUAUUAGGCUCAGCGAUGUUCACAGUGAAAGAACUACUGCAGGACAAGAACUACACACUUCUCCUACCUCUCAGUUCGGCGGAGAAUGUGCGUGUGGGUGAUAUCUCAGUUAUAGCCUGGCAGCUGGAGGAGAAGAGGGAGCAGCGGCUACCGUUAACCCAUCUACCAGACACCAUUAAUGGCAGGACGGUCCUUUCUGUCGAUGAGAGUCUGACAGAAUCGAUAGGAAUCCGAGCCAAAUAUGCCUCUUUAAGUAAAGACACCUUCCUAAGAUCAGUGUUUGGGGGAACCAUGUCUCGUAUGUACCGCCUCCCCACAACUGACGGGAAUCACUUACGCAUUCUGGAGCAGAUGGCAGAGAGUGUGCUGUCUCUUAACGUCCCACGACAGUUUGUCAAACUACUGCUGGAAGAGGACUCUGCCAGAGUAUAUGAGCUGGAAGAGUUGGGGGAAUUAUCUCCAUGUUGGGAGAACCUCCGGCGUCAGAUCGUAACACAGUACCAGAGUGUUAUUCUUACCUAUCAGGAGAUGCUGAAACACCUACAAGACUACAAGGGCCCCUCAUUCAAAGCAAGCAACCUCAAAGCUGACAGGAAGUUGGAGUUCAUGUCCACUAACCUCCAUAUGCAAAGGAUGAGAGUGCAGGAUGACUCUGGGUUUGAUCACACAUACGAUGUGGUGACGAUCGGUGCGCCAGCAGCUCACUGUCAGGGCUUUAAGAACAGCGGCCUGCGUAAACUCAUCCAGAAAUUUGAAGAGGCCAAGAAACACAGCUCUCUGAGCAGCUCCCAAUCCAUCAUGUACAUCCCUCAGGACAUCGUCCACGCCAAAGAGAUCAUCUCACACAUCAACACCCUGAAGACUCAGGUCAGCUACUAUGCCGAGCGGCUCUCCCGCGCUGCCAAGGAGCGCUCCACCAAUGGUUUGGAGAGAACACUCACAAUACUGGCAGACAAGACACGGCAGCUUGUGACAGUGUGUGACUGUAAGCUACUGGCAUCAGCUGUGCAAGCUUUAAACGCCGCCAGACCAGAGUACAUCGCCUCCAAGAGCUCACCAUCAGCUGAUUCAGAGCAUGUGGUGCUACGCAAUGACCAAGACACACUGCUAGCCAAGUGGAGCAACAACCGCUCAUCCCUACAUGUUGACUGGCAUGAAGAGGAAUGGGAGAAGGUGUGGGUGAAUGUGGAUAAGAGUCUGGAGUGCAUCAUCCAGCGGGUGGAUAAACUGUUGCAGAACGAACGUUUACGCAGCAGCAGCAGCAGCGAAGACAUGUUCCAGGCCGACCAACAGAGCGCUGUUCCUAAGAAAGGUAACGAGAGGUGUCAGGCGUUCUGGAUCAACCCAGUGUGCACGAAUGAGUGUGGGUCAGAAGCUUCACAGGACCAGCCAUCUUCAUCUUCUUCACCGCCUUCACCUUCAUCCGCAUCACCACUGCCUGAAAUGAACCCUGCAUGUUCCCUUAAUACAGAAACUCAAACCUAUACCAGUAGCAGCAAAGAGGAGAGUUACCCAGGUGAGUGGAGUGAGGCUCUGUAUCCCCUGCUAACGACGCUAACGGAGUGCGUGGCAAUGAUGAGCGACAAGGCAAAAAAUUCAAUGGUGUUCCUGCUGAUGCAAGACCGAGCGCCGACCAUCGCCAUGGACCUCAGUGUGCAGUACCGCCGAGACGUGGUCUUCUGCCAGACACUUACAGCGCUUAUUUGUGGCUUUAUUAUUAAACUGAGGAAUUGUCUCCGUAACGAUGGCUUCUUGAGGCAGCUAUACACCAUCGGACUGCUAGCUCAGUUUGAAAGUCUACUGAGUACCUACGGAGAGGAGCUAUCCAUGCUGGAGGACAUGAGUGUGGGUGUCAUGGACUUGAGGAACGUAACGUUUAAGGUGACCCAGGCUGUGUCGGCGUCCUCUCCAGACAUGCUCCCUGUGAUCACGGGGAACCGCGACGGCUUUAACGUGCGCAUUCCACUGCCAGGGACAAUGUUCGACGCGCUUCCUCGGGAAAUUCAGAACGGCAUGCUGCUGCGCGUACAGCCUGUUCACUUUAAUGUCGGCAUCAACGAGCAGCAAACGCUUGCUGAGAAGUUUGGGGACACGUCCUUGCAGGAGAUCAUUAAUUCUGAGAGUCUGGGUCGUCUGAAUUCCUACUAUGAACAGUUCAAGGAGGUGUUACCAGAUGACUGUCUUCCUCGUUCCCGUAGUCAGACGUGUCUUCCCGAGCUCUUGCGCUUCCUUGGUCAAAAUGUUCAUGCCAGGAAAAACAAGAAUGUUGACAUCCUCUGGCAGGCUGCAGAGAUCUGCCGGCGGCUAAACGGUGUACGUUUUACAAGCUGUAAGAGUGCAAAGGACCGCACUGCCAUGUCUGUCACACUGGAGCAGUGUCUAAUCCUGCAGCACGAGCAUGGCAUGGCACCUCAGGUCUUCACUCAGGCACUCGACUGCAUGCGGAGCGAGGGUUGUCGGCGUGAGAACACAGUGAAGAACGUCGGAUGUCGCAAGUAUGCUUUCAACUCUCUCCAACUGAUGGCUUUCCCUAAACAUUACCGCCCUCCUGAGGGGACGUUCGGAAAAGUGGAGACGUGAGCAUGAGGUCCAGGCUCGUGCAAAACUAAGGAGUUUAGUCCAAAAUGGAUGAGUAAAAUCACUGUGUGGCUGGUAUGUAAAACAUUCUGUAGUCAAUCUAAACCUCACACUGAUGUUAGUAUGUGGGCAUCGGAAGACACUCAUAGCACAUCACAUGUUCCAGACACCACCUUUAAAAAAAAUUCUAAAUGAAUAAUCUUGAACCACUCUGAUAGUUCACAUCAUUCCCACAUUAGUGCAUUCCCAAAAGCAAAUUAUGGCAGUGUAGUCUCUUUUUGUAGAUAAAUAUUAAUAAUAUGAAGUGCUGUAGGGUCCAAAAUUUAAAGCUUAAUAGACACAAAAAAAGAUGUGUAUGGUUGAUCUAUAUAUGCUUGGCAGCCUGGGAAAACCUUUAUUUAAUUUAUUUUUUUUUCUCUGUUCUAUGAAGUUCUGACAGCUCUAUCCAUACAUGAGCUAAAAUAUAUCAUUUGUUGGGGGGAAAGUGUUUUUUUAAUUGUAUCAGGAGACUGUCUAGUAUAUAGUCUCGCCUCCUGGGGUGUGAGUUACUCACAGCAUUCGGCGAACACGAGCUUCGGCAUCAUCUCUUCACUCGACCCAUGAAGUUGCUCUCAUGGCAAAUUUGUAUCCAAAAAAUAUGUAACUUUCUUCGUCACCAUUACAACAUUUCCAGUGAACAUGGAUCAUUUCACAUCUGUUAGACAGAUUAAACUGAUUCUUUCUCAAUACCAGCAGCUCAUCAAGCUCUGUGUUUGCUGUUUAGCAGUUAAAGCAUUGUCUUUAGGCAGACUGAUCCUUUGUCCAGUCAUGAUCAUUUAACUGGCUCUUUAUUUAGUGAACUCUGCAGGCAGAAAGCACAUCGUUUUCAUGAAAUUCUUUAUUUUUCUUAAAUUCGAGGUGUGAAGCAUGUUCUAGGAAGAUAUUUUAAACCUGAUGUUUGCCAGAAUUCAUUCACAGUGCCUGACAUCAGACAGGUUUUCCCAGACCACCACGCAUUCAUUAAUUUAUAAUAAUAAUAACACAAACAAAUAACAUUUUAGCUCCUUUAAAUGUGUCCGUAUCUUUUCAGUAUCUACUCACACACCGUUUGUUUCAUUUGCUUAACUUGUGUAAGUUAUCUUGUUGAAAUGAAAAAAAAAAAAAAGUCUCGUGCACAUACUCGCUAGUUCCUGAUGCUAAUCUUGGCCAGUCAUAAAGAUUAUUAAAGCUUUAAAUUAAUUAAAGGGACAAAUAAUGUGACCUUGAUUGCACCUCAGCAACAAGGAAACAAUUUGGAGAGCGUAGGAGUCUUAGGAUGUAGAACAGAAGAUGUAUCAUCACUUUGGGUAAAAAAAAAAAAAAAAAAUGAAUCAGUUAUUAUAGAAAAUUAUAAAAGUAAAUUUAAGUGAAAGUAAAGUUAUUUUUCUUCUUUCAUUUUGAGUUUCUCUCAUAUGAGGUUUCCUUCAGAGAGAUUGAGUCUCAACAUUAACACUGAUCUCUCACAAACACACACACGAACACACACACACUCUUCACUGACCAUGGUGUACACACAAAAAUGACUGAUUAGGAUCUCUACACACACAAACACUCAUCACUGAUCAUGGUGUACACACAAACACACACAGAGACACACACACUUCACUGAUCAUGGUAUACAUACACACAAAUUACUGAUUAGGAUCUCUACACACACACAUUCCUCACUGAUCAUGGUGUACACACGCACACACCUUACUGAUAGGGUGUCUCUAUUUCAUAUAAUAAAUUGAUUCUAGUUAUAUGUGAUUGGUUGACGUGUGAUCAUUUAGAUUUAUUUAUAUUAUGGGGUGCAUUAAGUAUCAAUCUAUUCCCCAGACUGCAGAAAUACCUUAAUUUCAUGAAAAUAUCAUAGCCAUGUACUUACCAGGAAUGUAUUUUCUGCACAUAUUUUUGUUUAUUUAUUAUUUUUUUUUGCUGCAGCCAUAUGCAUGAAAUGCAAUCCAUGUGUUCAGCUCUCAUAUCCUAAAGUGUCAUAUCUGAAACUUACAUAUUAGCCUACAAAGCCUUUCUACAGAGUGCAACUCACUACUGUCAUUGUUUGUCAAGCAUCAUGUUACCAUGUCAACCUCAGCUGGCAACCGUCAGCCUCACUGUGAAAUGCAAGUUCAACCUUGUUUGCAUUCAUUAUUCAGAAUUUUACUUGACACAUAUUUAUUUGUGCAUGUUGUGUCAUUGCCGUUGUUUUUUCUUUUCAUUUUACACACGUUGAUGGCUUUUAAGGACUGAAGUUUAUAAACCCUAAUGUAUUUUAAAAUAUUAUGUUCCCAGAUAUUUCAACUUGAUUUGUAUUUAUUCCUGUUUUAGUAAUCUUUUAUUAAGCUGGCGUAGAUGUAUGAUGUCUACAUGCUGUACAUUAAGCUGUCACCAAUAUAUGAUGCCAUUAAAAAGAGAAUUAUCUGCUCUAA